UGGUGUUAAAUAAUAUUGUAAAAGUUAUAAAUUGCUUUUGAUCAACAUAGAGUUCAUGUCACUUUUGUAAAAAGUGUCGUACCUAACCAAAUAAUGACAACCGCCGGAAACAUUUCUGAUUACAAAUCUCGCAAUACGUUGUUAGACAAUUUGAAAUAUGAGCAUCUGGUUGCUGGAAUCUCUGGUGGUGUUACCUCGACAAUCAUCUUGCACCCACUAGAUCUCGUAAAGAUAAGAUUAGCUGUCAACGAUGGCAUCACGACGACAAUACCCCGGUAUUCGGGCCUGCGGAACGCAUUCAUUACGAUAUUUCAUCAGGAGGGGCUGCGCGGAUUGUACCGGGGUUUGGCGCCCAAUGUGUGGGGGGCAGGAAGCUCUUGGGGACUGUAUUUCCUGUUCUAUAGUGCUGUUAAAACAUGGAUUCAAGGCGGCGAUGGGCAAAAACCCCUUGGCCCAGCACGGCACUUGCUUGCUGCUUCACAGGCAGGUGUUUUGACUCUGACAAUAACGAAUCCCAUCUGGGUCGUGAAGACGAGGCUGUUUUUGCAGUAUUGUGACGUGAAUGCAUCUAAACUACCGGAUGCAAAGCAGUAUAAUGGCAUGGUGGAUGCUCUUUAUAAAAUUUACGUUCACGAAGGUUUUCGCGGCCUGUAUAAGGGAUUCGUGCCAGGUAUUUUUGGAGUCUCCCACGGAGCUCUUCAGUUCAUGGCCUAUGAGGAAAUGAAGAACAGGUACAACCAGUAUAGAGGAGUACCUAUUAACUCUAAACUUAGUUCUUUUGACUACUUAGUAUUUGCAGCUCUGUCGAAGCUUUUCGCUGUGAUGACAACGUAUCCCUACCAGGUAGUUCGUGCACGCCUGCAGGAUCAGCACCACAGCUAUAAUGGUUCUUGGGGUUGUGUUCAGCAAACUUAUCGCUACGAAGGUGUUCGUGGAUUUUAUAAAGGUCUCAGUGCAAAUGUGUUGCGUGUGACUCCAGCAACAAUGAUCACGUUCUUGGUUUAUGAAAAUGUGUCACGUUACUUGUUGUUUCUGAAGGCACCAUGAGAAGAUGCCAGUACAUCAUAGAGUUCUGUACAUAUGUCUGGGCCUGUAGUUUUUGCUUUUGCAUAGUUUUUUUAUCUUUUAUUUGUUUUGCGACCUGUUUAGU